AUGUCUCAAGAGGAAGGGAAAACGCCCGUAGACACUCCUCCGAAGCAGCAGAAAGAGGAAGAGCAGAAGAGCAGCGGCACGUACGAGGCGGGCUGCCAUUGCGGUUAUAUCAGAUUCAGCGUCACGUUGACGCCCGCGCUGCCCCAGUACAAGGUGCUGAACUGCAACUGCUCGGCGUGUACACGAUUCGGUUAUCUUCUCGUUUACCCCGAGGCCUCAGCUGUUACGUGGCACAACGACAGCCGCGCCCGCUGCAGUAACUACCGCUUCAACACAAAGGCUAAGGAUCAGAUGUUCUGCAAGCACUGCGGCGCCAGCAUCGGCAUCGACUUCCGCGAGGUUCACGCACCGAAACACAUUUAUGGUAUCAGUGUUCGUACUUUCUUCGACGUCGAUCUCGACUCCCUUACUUACGAAAAGUUGGAUGGACGCAACAUGGUUCGGCCAGCGGGAGAUCUGUCCGGUCAGUAUUGGGACGAGGAGGCGCAGAGGCUGAAAUAA